AGCGCGUGCGUGAGGUCAAAGUCAGUUAGCUUCCGGUUCCGAGAUCCCGCUUGUUGUCAGAAAGUUUAGAGCUGUCGGUGACUCUCGCACCGAUUUUCGGGGUUCAGAAUUCGCUGGGAGUCUUCCGCUGCAGUCAUGGCGGCCUCCACAGCCGCCGGAAAGCAGAGAAUUCCCAAAGUGGCCAAGGUAAAAAACAAAGCCCCAGCCGAGGUACAGAUAACUGCCGAACAACUUUUAAGAGAAGCUAAAGAAAGAGAACUUGAGCUUCUUCCACCUCCACCUCAACAGAAGAUCACAGAUGAAGAAGAGUUAAAUGAUUACAAACUAAGGAAAAGAAAGACUUUUGAAGAUAACAUAAGAAAAAACAGGACUGUGAUUAGUAACUGGAUAAAAUACGCACAAUGGGAAGAGAGUCUAAAGGAGAUUCAAAGGGCCCGAUCCAUAUACGAACGUGCUUUAGAUGUGGACUAUCGAAAUAUUACACUCUGGCUGAAAUAUGCAGAAAUGGAAAUGAAGAAUCGCCAGGUCAACCAUGCCCGAAAUAUCUGGGACCGCGCCAUAACAACUCUGCCUCGAGUCAACCAGUUCUGGUACAAAUACACAUACAUGGAGGAGAUGCUGGGAAACAUUGCUGGUGCCCGGCAGGUGUUUGAGCGCUGGAUGGAAUGGCAGCCUGAGGAGCAAGCCUGGCACUCCUAUAUCAACUUUGAGCUGCGAUACAAAGAGGUGGAUCGGGCCCGCACCAUUUAUGAACGAUUUGUACUUGUGCACCCUGAUGUUAAGAACUGGAUCAAGUAUGCCCGCUUUGAAGAAAAACAUGGUUAUUUUGCCCAUGCUCGUAAAGUGUAUGAGAGAGCUGUCGAAUUCUUUGGAGAUGAACAUAUGGAUGAACACCUUUAUGUUGCCUUUGCCAAAUUUGAAGAAAAUCAGAAAGAAUUUGAAAGGGUACGAGUGAUCUACAAGUAUGCCCUGGAUAGAAUUUCAAAACAAGAAGCCCAAGAACUCUUUAAAAAUUAUACCAUCUUUGAGAAGAAGUUUGGUGAUAGGCGGGGUAUUGAAGACAUCAUUGUAAGCAAACGGAGGUUCCAGUAUGAAGAAGAAGUGAAGGCUAAUCCACACAAUUAUGAUGCAUGGUUUGAUUACUUACGCUUGGUGGAAAGUGAUGCAGAAGCAGACACUGUACGAGAAGUCUAUGAAAGAGCUAUUGCCAAUGUCCCACCCAUUCAGGAGAAGAGACAUUGGAAGCGCUACAUCUAUCUUUGGAUCAACUAUGCACUCUAUGAAGAACUGGAGGCAAAGGAUUCUGAGAGGACAAGACAGGUGUAUCAAGCCUCUUUGGAACUAAUUCCUCAUAAAAAGUUCACAUUUGCCAAAAUGUGGUUAUUAUAUGCCCAAUUUGAAAUAAGACAGAAAAAUUUACCAUUUGCCAGAAGAGCUCUGGGAACUUCCAUAGGCAAAUGUCCAAAGAACAAGUUAUUUAAAGGUUACAUAGAAUUGGAGCUACAGCUUCGAGAAUUUGACAGAUGCCGGAAGCUUUAUGAAAAGUUCCUGGAAUUUGGACCUGAAAAUUGUACCUCUUGGAUUAAAUUUGCAGAAUUAGAGACAAUCCUUGGCGAUAUUGAGAGAGCCCGUGCAAUCUACGAGUUAGCCAUCAGCCAGCCACGCUUAGACAUGCCAGAGGUGCUCUGGAAAUCAUAUAUUGAUUUUGAAAUCGAGCAGGAAGAAACUGAAAGAACUCGUAGUCUUUACCGACGAUUGCUUCAACGGACACAACAUGUUAAGGUAUGGAUCAGUUUUGCUCAGUUUGAGUUGUCUUCAGGGAAAGAAGGAAGUUUAGCUAAAUGCAGACAAAUUUAUGAAGAGGCUAACAAAACCAUGCGAAACUGUGAAGAAAAAGAAGAGAGACUUAUGCUGCUGGAAUCUUGGCGAAGAUUUGAAGAUGAAUUUGGAACUGCAUCAGAUAAGGAGAGAGUAGACAAACUCAUGCCAGAGAAAGUCAAGAAGAGAAGAAAGGUCCAGGCUGAUGAUGGGUCUGAUGCAGGCUGGGAAGAAUACUAUGAUUACAUUUUUCCGGAAGAUGCUGCCAACCAACCGAACCUCAAGCUCCUGGCCAUGGCCAAACUUUGGAAAAAACAGCAACAGGAAAAGGAGGCUGCAGAGCAAGACCCAGAUAAGGACGUGGAUGAGAGUGAAACCUGAUCUUCUUGUUCAUGUUGAUGGUUUUAUUAUUUUUAUAAAUUAAUAGUUUGUAACUCUUGUGACUCAAGUUUUUGUAUAUUUCACCACUAAUGAACUGACUGAAAUCUUUGGCAGCUACUUUUUGAAUUAUUUUUAAAAUGCUCGAGGGGUAGUUAGCAGGAGGGGGUAAAGAAUUUUUUUUAACUGCUGGAUUUUUUUGACUGAAUCCAAAUAUUUUUUUGUCUACAUAAUACAUUAUGAAAUCUAAGUAAGGUAAUGUUUAGCACCCACUUUAGAGGGAAAUGCAGGCUUUUGAAAGAACUUUGUUCUAGAAGUUUUCAAGUUACAUUCUAUAGGAACUUUUAAGGUGUAGUUUUCUCAUGAUUGUCUUUUUCAUAGAAAUACUUUAUGCAUUUAUCUGAAACGUUUUUCUUUCAUGUCUUUAGAGUCACGUUAACUUGAGUUCCAUUCUCAGCUCCACUUAGUGAUAAAUAAUUCAACCGUUUUUAGUUUCUCCACUCAAAAUGAGCUAACACUUUGCCCAGCUCAUUUUGAAGAUUAGAUGACAACUAUACCUAAUGCAUUAGUAAGUGCUCAAUGAAAUGUUCAUUCCUUAUAGAAUUGAACGUGCUUAGAUUAACUUCCCAAAUUCUUACUUUUAUGUCCAUUUAUACUAAAUGCUUUUCAAAACAUUAGUUGGAAAAUAAUUUACAGUGAGUAUAUUUCUGAACAAGGUCUUUUUUACCAAGAACAUUAUUAGUCAAAUUUCAAGUUAUGCUCUAAUUAGUUUCCCAGACUGUUAGGAGCUCUGUAGUGGCUUAUUUAAAAACCAGUCAUAUGUCUGCCAUGAAAAUGAUGUUUCAUACUCAAGUUUGGGAAACCCUAGAUUAAGGGUUAAUUAAGCCUUAUUAGUGACAUCCCUUACAGGCUUCUCAGAGUCUUUGAUGUGCUACUAUACAUAUGAAUUACCAAUGACAAUGCUGGCAUGUUCCCCAAACUUACUGGGCAAGGGAGUCAUUUAUACCUAGUGCACCAAUAAAUAGAGUAGAAAAUGUCUGUCCAUAAUACCUUACACAUUAAACUUACUCCUGCUUUAGCACAUGUGAAAAACACCCAAGGUAACUAAUUUGCUAAAUGUAACUUAAAUAGCAUACGAAGGAUAAUGUAUUUGAUGAUACGUUACAUUCUAAAGCAAAAACUAUUUGCCUUAAAUGACCUGCGAUGGUUUCCUUUAAUCCGGCCUACAUUUCUCAAACCUAUCUUUUCUUGUUCUGUUCACUGCCCAAGCUACUGAGCCUGAACUAUUUAUCUUCAAGGCUGUUUUUCACCUAUAAGAACGGUUAGCAAAUCUAUUAUUGGUAAAUUUAAUUGGACAAAUUAUUAAAUUUGCAAAUAUAUAAUUCACGCAGGAAUAAAAGCUAGUCAAUAUGUUAUUAAAUUUUAUCUUGAAAGUAAGGUAGUUUUUGAGGGCAUAACAAAAUAGGCCUGUUAGGAUAAAAGAGAAACCUGUUUUCAGCCUCACUGGUUUAGUUAUUAGAUCAGUAUCAGCAGUUGUGGUGUCAGGUUCUGACUGUUGAGUGAGGUCUGCCCUGAUCAGUGAAGAGGGACCUUUGUGAUUUUAACAUUCUUCGGCAAAAAGUGCAGAGUCAAAGAGUGAGAUGAAAACAGGUCAAAAUGCUAAUUUUAUGUUGCUUCUAUGUGUAAGAAAAAAAAAAAAUGGUGAUGUUUUCAAUGCAAACUCCUUUAACACUUCCUGGGAUGUGCCAUGAAGGAAAAUGCAUGAAGGAAAAAGUUACUCUCUCAUGGUGGAACAUAAAGGAUUCAUUUCUUUCUUGUUCACCCUCAACUCUAUCAAAAUAAAUCUUUUCAAAAGUAAAGCUUUUUAAAAUCAUUCUGUGGGUUUUUCUUUAGCUAAGUUACUUCUUUUAGUCAAUAUUUUC